UAAAAGAUAAAAGUAGACUUAGACAUUAAAUAAUGGAAUCCCAAAGGUAAAAAACUAUAUCUAUAAAAGCACAUAAAUACGACCGCAGUGUCACAAUCAUUUUAACAAGUUGAACAAAAUUAAACCUGCUUGGAACAUAUAUUUCAAGGUCAAAAUGUCUGACGGGACUUCUGAUGUACGCGUAUCCAAACAGAAUGCAUCUAAACCUCCCCCAAGUGUUUUGGGUAUAAAUGUGGAAAAGCCUAAAUUUCCACAAUACGCUGUCAUUUCAAAACGAACGGAGUCUUUCGAGUCAUGGCCAGAAUACCUGCCUGUGAAAAUGGAAGAUAUGGUCGAAGCAGGCUUAGUGUACACUGGCGUUGGUGACAGCGUUAGGUGUUAUUUUUGCGGCGGAGGGUUACGGAACUGGGAAAAAGGCGAUGUUCCAAUGGAAGAGCAUACAAAAUAUUACCCAAAAUGUCCCCAUAUUCUGCUUGUGAAAGGAAAAGCAUAUGUUGAGAAAAUUGCUCGAGGAGAAAAGCCAGAAACAGAUUGUGCAGACGGAAAUAGCAGCAUAUCGAACUCAGCUGAUUCGAGUUAUUUAACAGAUUCAGUGGCGGCACAGAGUUGCAUGGACAUGGGGUACUCCAAAGAGAUCGUUAAGAAAGCGAUAGACAUUUUCAUUAACAAACACGGUAACGAUCAUUUCAAAGGGAGGGAUAUUUGUGAAAUCAUAUUUGAUAUAGAGGAAAAUCCCGAAAAGUAUUCUCCCGAUGCUGCUGCUAACACAGAAGCUGAAGAAACAACACAAAUAAAUGAAGACGACGAACCAUUAGAAACGAUUGAAACACUCCUUGGUGAAAACGAAAGAUUAAAAGAGCAAUACACGUGUAAAAUAUGUCUAGACAGAAGAGUGGAUGUAAUAUUUUUACCAUGUGGUCACAUGGUAAGUUGUCCACAGUGUGCACCGGCGCUUACAAAAUGUCCUGUUUGUAGACGAACAAUUAAUGGUCAACUUAAGGCAUUCAUGUCUGUAAUUAAUACACGAACAUGAUAACGGUUACCCUAGUAGACAUGUUGUUAAUGCGUCGAAUUUUCUCUAAAUUGAAACCACAAAAUUGUUCUCUUAAAGGAAAACAGCGUUUAAACGAAAUGGCUAGUGCCGAAGAGAACCACAUCAAAGAGAUUCUUAUUUAGUACUAUAAUCAAUUUAGUUUGGGAAAUCACUAAACAAAGUAAACCAGUGUUUUGAACAUUGGUGAACAGGGUAGGUCUACUAGGGUGAUAUAGCAUUAAACAAUACCAAGAUGUGUUCAUUGACUUUUUUACCUCAUAUUAUAUACUCAACUGAAUGCAACUGUAAUCUUUAAAUGUUAUGUAAAUAAAUUGUUGAUUUAUAA